AUGGAGAAAGCAACGACGUCGAUCAGCGAAUCCAUCGCCAUCGGGCUCACAUUCGCUAUCAUCACAUCAACGGCACUAUUCAUAUCGACGAUGUUAUUUAUCUGCGACAAAAUUGUUCGCGGAACUUCUAUCAAACAUGCAGAGGCCAACGAACGAAAACGAAUUGUUUUGCAAUUGCUACGUCUGGGACCGCAUAGAUUGCGGGGGAUUUGUGAGGGUGAGGGAGUUAGUUUUAUGAUUGGGGGUGGAGACGGAGCUGGAGAUCUUGCUGGUGUUGGAAAUGAUGUUAGAGUGUUCUCGGAAGAGAUCACACAACAGGUGCGGACGCAGUUGAGAGGGGAAUUGAGAUCGCGGCUGGAAGGGGAUGUGAAGGGAGAUGUUGAGAGGGGAUUAAAGGUGGAGAUUAGAGAGGAGAUGAAGAGAAAUGGGAGGGAGGGUGAGUUGAUGGCGGAGAUUAGGCAGGAGGUUAGAAGGGAGGUUUGGGGAAGAUUGAAGAGGGAGAUGGAGAAAGAUUUGAGACUGGAAGUUAGUAGGGAGUUGAAGGCGGAGAUUAGAGAGGAGAUGAGGAGUAGUGGGAGGGGGGUGGAAUUGGUUGUUGAAGCGAUAGCAGAUGUUAGGGAAGAGGUUCGACGGGAGAUUCAGGGAAAAUUGAGGAGAGAGACCGAGAGAGAUUUGAGACAAGAAGUGAGCAGGGAAUUCAAAGCAGAAGUCAGAGAAGAGAUGACGAGGAGUGGAAGAAAGGUUGAGUUGGUGGCCGAAGCGGUAGCGGAUAUUAGAGAGGAGGUUAAACAGGAGGUUCAGGGAAGAUUGAAGAGAGAGAUGGAAAAAGAUGUGAGAAGAGUGAUUGAUGCGGAGGAAAAAGAACUAGAGGCGAAGUUGAGGAGAGAGAUGGAGGUGGAGGCAAGAAUAGCUGAGGCCGAGAAAAGAUUCGAGGCGCAGACUAAAGAAAAAGGCAGGGUAAAGGGGCAUGGAAACGGAGAUGGUAGCGAGGAACUUAUGACCUCGACAACGACCGCGCAGAAGGAUAAUGGAAGUGUAGAAGGCAGCGAGAAGCUUGUAUUUUCAAAAACGACCACACAAAGUAUCUUUGCGAGAACGAAGACGAGUGGUGAUGCAAGUAUCGGCUGGGCAAAUAUGGAUCAUGCGUGUAAUGGAGGUGUUUAG